UCCUGCGGAAUUAUUCAUCAGAAAAACAUUUGAUGGUUAUUAUUGGGCACUUGGCGUGGUACUGACAGCCUCAGCAAGUCUUUAGGUUCUGUUGAAAACUCCUCCAUCUUCAUCAUACGAGUCAUGCCUGACAUAUUUGUGAACUAAUUGCUGUUAUCUAAAUUGAAAUAGGAUCAAAAUCCAUACAAUACACUCUCUACAAUAGUGUCAUCCAUAGACAUUUUGCUUUCUGCCCUCCAGUGGAAAUCAGUGGAAAUCGCUCCGCCUUCGAAACCACGUGACUGAAAACCAGCUAAUCCGACUCCUUGCAGUUAGCUGUCAACAAGACAUUUUUCUCCUCUCAGCAUCACACACUUCUCUUUACAUCUUUCACUUCAGCGCGUAUACGGUCAAUAGUCUUUGAUCUACGACGUGUUCUCUUUCACCAUGCCUUCGAUGUCAACAGAUGUGAUUUUUAUUGAUGCAGACAAAGUGGAAAUUAUCUCGUUUGAGGCCGAUGAGUCAGCGUUACUGCGUUCGUGCAUCACCAUCUUAGGAGCUGGCGAUUUCGGAUGCGUAACAGUGCUUCCUGCUGAUGUUCAGCAGUUGGUGUUGAUUUCAGAAGAUGCUACUGAAGAAAGGAGGGCCAGUGUGUACCAGCAGAAUCCAGAACUCCUCCACAUAAGGAAGGAGGAGGAACUCUCCACCAGCCUGAAGGAUGAACAGCUCAAUGUGGAAGAGGAGACUUAUGCCACCAGGUCUCCAUCCACUGCAGGUCCUUUGAAGAGCGAUGGUGAUGAAGACAAACCACAGUUGUCACAGGUUCAUCAACACAAAGUGGAAGCAAAAGAUGUUCCAACACAGAAAUCAUUUAGAUGUGAUGACUGUGGCAAAACAUUUAACAAAAAAGCUUAUCUGAACAAACAUAAAGUAAUCCACAGAGAGGUGAAACUGUUUGGUUGUGAACUUUGUGGACGUAGAUUUAGCAGUCAAACAUAUUUAAGCAUACACAUGAGAGUCCACACAGGACAGAAACCUUUUGCUUGUGAUGUUUGUGAGCAAAGAUUUACUCAAAAGUCAACUUUAACCUCACACAUGAGGAUCCACACAAGACAGAAACCUUUUGCUUGUGAUGUUUGUGAGCAAAGAUUUAGUCAUAAGUCAACUUUAAACGCACACGUGAGGAUCCACACGGGACAGAAACCAUUUGUUUGUGAUGUUUGUGAACAAAGAUUUA